GGGCCUGGGGGAAUCUCGCUUUCUUUCUGUUGGUGGCCAUUACUGCUUUAUAAGAAGGAAAGGAAGGUCGAGAAAGAAGAUCGGAAAUGGCGAAGGAGAUGGAAUGCAUCUGCUUCGGCAAUGGUCGUCUUCAACUUCUGUUCAUCUCCACCAUUAUUGUUAUUCUGCAAUUGCUGCUAGCAGUGGACAGCAAGUGCGACUUGUUCACGGGUACCUGGGUUUCGGACCAGUCGUACCCGCUUUACCGACCCGAAAUGUGUGCCUUCAUCGAGCACGAGUUCGCCUGCCAACGCAACGGCCGUCCCGAUCAACUCUACACCCACUUCCGGUGGCAACCCCUUCAGCACUGUCCCUUCCUCAGAUUCAAUGGGGUGGAUUUCCUGGAGAGGAUGAGAGGGAAGAGCAUAAUGUUUGUGGGAGACUCACUGAGCAGAAAUCAGUGGCAGUCACUGACUUGCAUGCUUCACUCUUCACUUCCUUCCUCCAAUUACACUUUGACGCGUCUUGAUGAUCUUUCCAUCUUCACUUUCACGGAGUAUGGAGUGAAAGUGAUGCUGGACCGAAACGUGUAUUUGGUAGACGUGGUGAGAGAAGAGAUAGGCAGAGUACUGAAGCUUGAUUCCAUUGAAGGCAGCAAGCUCUGGCUUGGCGUUGAUCUCCUCAUCUUCAACACUUGGCACUGGUGGAACCGCAGAGGCCCCUCUCAACCGUACCCAUAUCAUAUCUCAUCCCUUCUCCGUUUUUAUUUUUAUUAUUAUGCAAAGUUAAUUAAAUCAUGUUUAAUUAUUAUUCAUUUCAGAUGGGAUUAUAUUCAACUGGGAAAUCAGGUUUACAAAGACAUGGAUAGAAUGAAGGCUUUUCAAAUAGCUCUCACCACUUGGGCUUCCUGGGUGGACACCCACAUUGAUCCUUCAAAGGUCAAGCUUUUCUUUCAAGGCAUUUCACCCUCUCACUACAAUGGUUCCCUGUGGAAUGAACCAAGUGCCAAGAGCUGUGUCCGGCAACAGAAUCCGGUGCCCGGAUCCACCUACCCAGGAGGGCUGCCGCCGGCGGUGGCGGUGCUCAAGAGUGUGCUGGGAAAGAUGAAGAACCCAGUCACAUUGCUUGACAUCACGACACUCUCAUUGCUGCGUAAAGAUGGUCAUCCUUCAAUUUAUGGGCUUAAUGGUCCAACAGGAUUGGAUUGCAGCCAUUGGUGUCUUCCAGGGGUUCCAGAUGCUUGGAAUGAAAUCCUUUACAAUUUAAUCCUUUGAUUCAAAGUUAAUAAUUUUAUUCCUGAUUCAUAAUUGAUUCUUACAUUAAUAUACCAUUCAUGAUAAAUUGAUUGA